UCUUCCUUCCUCGUCUCUGUCCUUCACACAUUCCAGUGCAGAGAAGUUCGGGUGUAGUCGGAAUUUAUCGAAGAUACGCGAGAGCUUGCGAGAGUUGCCGAAGUGUUCAAACUGCAAGCACAUGUGAUGGAUUCGUGAGAGAUGGUGAUUUACAAUUCUGUGUUCCAAGAAGGAAGAAACGAGAUGAUCGAGGACAGUGAAGACAGCGAUGAUACGUCGGACGUCAGUAUGUCCAGUGACUCUGACAAUUCUGAUUCAGGAAGUGAGGAUGAGGAUCCAACGGCUUUUGGAAGGGAAUACAAUGACGACGAUGAAGACGAUUUGGUUCUGGCUAUUGAAAACUCGAGGAAACUUCACAGAGAGCAUCCCCCGGCUAUUCCCACCGAGGAAUUUGUCGUUAAUGUUUGCUUUCACCCUGAGGAGGAGAUCAUUGCCCUCGCUAAUGUUGAGGGAGAUAUUCUGCUGUAUAAGUAUGAUAAUGAGGGCAAUACCUUGAUAAAGACGAUUGAGGUGCACGAAAAGGCUUGCAGAGAUGUUCAGUUCAGUGGAAAAGGGAACACUAUAUUCUCGGUUAGCAAGGACAAGUCGGUGGCUGUUACGGAUGUGGCCAGUGGGAAACUCAAACGAAUCUAUGAGAAAGCUCAUGAGUGCCCUAUUUAUACCACCACGAUCGUCAACGAGAAUGUUUUUGCCACUGGAGAUGAUGAUGGAGCAAUAAAAAUUUGGGAUUUGAGGCAACGUGGGCCAAACCCUAUCCUCUCCGUGAAAGAAAAUGGAGACUACAUAAGUUCGAUGAUAACAAAUAACGAUGGAAAAUAUUUGGUUUGCGCCAGUGGUGAUGGUGUGUUAACAACCCUCAAUAUUCCGGCUAGAAAGUUACACGUUCAAUCUGAAGAGUACGAUGAUGAAUUCACGUCCCUCGGGUUGUUCAAGGAUAACAGCAAAAUUUUAACGGCUAGUAACACGGGCAAGAUGUACGUCUUCAAUUGGGGAGAAUUUGGCUUCCACUCCGACGAAUUUCCCAAUUCAACAAAGAAGGCUAUCAAUUGUAUUAUUCCAAUCACUGAUAAUAUUGUCAUUACCGGCGGAGAAGAUGGAUUGUUGAGAGCUUACAGUUUAUUUCCACACAGAAGACUUGGCAUUGUUGGUCAACACGAUUACUCCAUAGAAACCCUGGAUAUUUCGAACGAUGGAACGUUAAUUGCCUCAUCCUCUCAUGACAACAUUGUGAAAUUCUGGAAUGUUAAAUACUUCGAGACGCUGAACGUGGAGGAACCAGUCAAAGGAGGAAAACAAAAACAGAUGAAGCAUAAUCUACCGAGCAGCAAAGUCAAUAAUGCUGCUGACUUCUUCGCAGACUUAGAAUAAUUACGUUAAUGACAAAUUACGACAAUAGCGAGCUUGCGUGAACGUUAAUCUUUUCUGAUUUUUCCUAUUCAGUCAUUCUACAGACAUAGACAGACAACAAGAAUAUCGAAAACUAUUUCCCAGAUAUGGUUUCAGAACUUUUGUCUAGAAAAGAAUUCAUGCAAGUCCCCUAUUGAAACAUCACUUGCAAAAUAACUGUAAAAUGAUAUACACCAGUUUGUAAUAUCAUAUUUAAUCAAUUAAAUUUUGUUAUUUACAGAA